AUGAGUAAUAAACAUAAUAAUUACAAAAGUUCAUCGCAUUCUCGUCAAUCAGAUGAUGAUCGAAAUCGUAUGAGUAGUUCAACUCAAAUUCCAUCACGUACAGUUAUUUAUGAAGAACCAUCAUCAACAUCAAAUAAAACAUUAAAAUCAUCGGUUCGUCAAGUUAGUCAAAAAUCAUUUUAUAAUACAUCAACAACAAAUAAAUCUUCUCAUUCAAAACCAAUAACUAUAACAAGUGAAAAACAAUCCGGAACUUUUAAUAGUGAUUUAUAUCAUUCAGAAAUAGUUGAUGAUGAUGAUGAAGAUGAUGAUGAUAAUGAAAAAGAAGAAGGUGAAAUGGAUUAUUUACCUAAUAAUCAACAACAAGAUAUUAAUAAAAAAACACAUAAACGAAAUUCAAGUGAUGAAGAACGAUCAAAACGUCGUCAUUCAUCAAGUGGAUCAUCAAUAUCCGAUGAUAAUUUUGAUGAAGAUUCAUUAAAACAUAGACGAAAAGAAUAUCGAAGAAGAAAUUCAUCUCAAGAACAAAGAUCACCAUCAGAAGAAGGUGAAGAAGCAGAAUCAAUAUCUGAUGCAAGUGAUGAUCAUCAUUCAAAAGAAGAACAUCAAUCAGUCACAACAACUGAAGAAGAUAAAGAUAAAAAAGGACAAAGAGUUAAUUCAUCAACAGAUGAUCAUUCUCAAGAUGAUGAUGAACCUGAAGAAGGUGAAGAAGAACCAGCACCACCUGCACCACCUCGAAGUCGUUUUGAUGAUCAGGAUGAUGACGAUGAUGACAUUCAAGAAGAUGAAGAAGAACGUGAAGAAGACGAUGAAAAUGGAAGUGAUCGACGUCGUCAUCAUCGUCGCCAUCGUCGCCAUCGUCAUCAUCAAAAACGAUCAAGACGUCAUUCAUCAUCAACUCCAGCUUCAUCUUCAUCAAAAUCUGCUAUGACACCACCCAUUUCUAAUAAUUCUAUAUUUGAAAAAGAAUUAAUUGAUGAAAAACCAAAAUUACCUAAUUAUUAUCCAUCUAUUCAAGGUUGUCGUCGAGUUGAUGAAUAUUUAUGUUUAAAUAGAAUUGAAGAAGGAGCUUAUGGAGUUGUUUUUCGUGCCAAAGAUAAAAAAACAGGAGAAAUAGUUGCAUUAAAACGAUUAAAAAUGGAAAAAGAAAAAGAAGGUUUUCCAAUAACAUCAUUAAGAGAAAUUUGUUGUAUUCUUAAAUCUCAACAUCAAAAUGUUUGUACUGUUAGAGAAAUAGUUGUUGGUGAUGAUAUGAAUCGAAUCUAUAUUGUAAUGGAUUAUGUUGAACAUGAUUUAAAAAGUUUAAUGACACAUACAAUGAAAAAACCAUUUUCAAUUGGUGAAGUUAAGACAUUAAUGUAUCAAUUAUUAGCUGGUGUUAAUCAUUUACAUGAUAAUUGGAUUAUACAUAGAGAUUUAAAAACAUCAAAUCUUCUUCUUAGUAAUAAAGGAAUUUUGAAAAUUGGUGAUUUUGGUCUUGCACGUGAAUAUGGUUCACCAUUAAAACCGUACACACCUAUCGUUGUUACUUUGUGGUAUCGAGCACCGGAAUUAUUACUUGGAGAUAAACAAUAUUCUACACCAAUUGAUAUGUGGAGUGUUGGAGCAAUAUUUGGUGAAUUAUUAUUAAUGAAACCAUUAUUUCCUGGUAAAUCUGAAUUAGAUCAAUUAAAUCGUAUAUUUAAAGAUUUGGGUACACCUAAUGAAAAAAUUUGGCCGGAAUAUAAUACACUUCCAUAUACAAAAAAAAUGACUUUUUCUAAUUAUCCAUAUAAUCGAUUACGAGCCAGAUUUGAUGCUUCUUUAUCGGAAAAAGGUUUUGAUCUUCUUAAUAAAUUUUUAACUUAUGAUCCAAGCAAACGAAUUUCAGCAAUAAAUGCAUUAAAACAUGGAUAUUUUGAAGAAAGUCCUCGUCGAAUAGAUCCAUCAAUGUUUCCAACAUGGCCAUCAAGAAAUGAAGAAAAAGAAAAAGCAACUCGAGGAGGUAUUCAACGUUUACCUGGAUCAAGUACAGCCACAGUACAAGAUGAACCUAAACCACCAUCAGCCGGAAAAAUGUAUGAAAAACUAUUAGGUGGUGGUGAUGAUGAUUCAUAUUCAAUGGAUCAAUUAUUACCUCCAGCUCCUGGAUUUCAACUUCGAGGUUAA